AUGUCAAGGUGGAUCAAAGUUGAUCUCCUUAAAUAUCAAUAUAUUUUUUUUCCAAUUUGUGAAGAUCAACAUUGGUAUUUAGUACAAAUCAUCAAUCCGGCUGCAAUUAUUGACAAUCCACUUGAUUGUCAUAUAGCGAUUUAUGACUCCAUUGCACCAAGGUUUAAGCAUAGACGUGCUGUGAACAUACUUAAAAAUUUACUAAUCGAUUAUGUGCAAGAUGUUAAAGGUGAAACAAUUAAUAAAAGC